CGACAAUCGUGUGGCUUUGAUGAAGCACUCGCUGAGGACUACAUGAGUAAGCAGUGGACACUGACAGACUUCAUCUUGCGGCACCUUCCAUGUGUUCUGGCGAUCGUUUGCCUAACCAGGACCAACGAGCGCCAGCUUGUUCAGUUGUUUGUUGGCGCUUCGUUUUGGCAGCUUUCCACUGGCCCCGAAUUACCUAGAUCCAUUUUGGGCGCCGCAACCAUGCCAAUGACCAAUCAUGUCGUGACUCUGGAAGCGGCAGGCGCAGGAACGGGGCGGCGGCCGGGCUCGGAGAUGCUGUGAGAGUCACGAUCGCCACGCCUUGGAGACGUGGUCAAGUCCACAGUAUCUGAUUCAGUGAGCAAUCACUACUCCUUCAGAAAGCCUCGAACGAACAUCUCCGAAAAGUUACCUAGGUCAAUCCUCCACUUGGCGCCCAUCCUCUUUUUGAUUCAAAAGCUAUUUGCGUUCAGAACAUACCUAGAAACCCUACCAUGGCGCAGCCGAAAUACCUAAGUGGCGACGUUGCCGCCAUCAACGAGUUCAUUGACAAGUUCGAUGUGUUUUUGUUCGACUGCGAUGGUGUUCUAUGGUCUGGAGAACAUGUUUUCGAGGGUGUUGUCGAGACGCUCGAGUUGCUGAGAUCAAGAGGCAAGAAGACGGUGUUUGUCACCAACAACUCAACAAAGUCUCGUCCCGAGUAUAAAAAGAAGUUUGAGGGCUUAGGAAUCCCAGCAGAUGAAGAUGAGAUCUUUGGCUCCGCAUAUUCUUCUGCCAUCUACAUCUCAAGGAUUCUGAAGCUGGCGCCGCCCAAGAACAAGGUCUUUGUUAUUGGAGAGGCAGGCAUCGAGCAGGAGUUGACGACCGAGAACAUCCCCUUCAUCGGUGGCACCGACCCAUCCUUCCGGAGAGACGUCACAGUAGAAGACUUCAAUGGCCUUGCGGACGGAUCUCUACUCAACCCUGAGGUCGGCUGUGUGCUCGUGGGCUUAGACUGGCACAUCAACUACCUGAAGCUGUCGCAUGCAUACCAAUACCUUCGCCGUGGCGCCGUGUUUCUGGCCACGAAUGUGGACUCGACCUUCCCCAUGAACAACAACUUCUUCCCCGGCGCAGGCUCCAUCAGUGUUCCGCUGGUUCACAUGACGGGACAGGAACCCGUGGCGCUCGGAAAGCCUAGCCAGGCCAUGAUGGAUGCCAUCGAGGGCAAAUUCCACCUGGACCGCGCACGGACGUGCAUGGUGGGAGAUCGGCUCAACACCGAUAUCAAGUUCGGCAUCGAGGGACGGCUGGGUGGCACGCUUGCAGUCCUGACGGGCGUGAACAAGAAGGAGGACUGGGAGGCGGCGGAUGCGGUUGCUGUGCCAUCGUUUUACGUCGACAAGCUUAGUGACCUUAGGGCUGCAGCGCAAUAAAGGUGGAGAACCAGGAACUGGUGAUGUACAGGGUGCGGAUAUGAGGAGCUACGGAAGCCUGGUAAGACCGGGGGCUAUAGAUGCUAGAAUAGACGGCGUGGACUUUUUGGCCAUAUUUUGCUCUAAUAGAGAGCAAGCAUAGAAGAAAUUGAGGCAGCCAAUGGAAUAGACUAGAACAAGUGAACGAUUCGAGACCCGGCCACAGGAACACAAAGACGGCCGGGAAGGGAAUAACAAGGUCCUGCUUGUCCGUCUGCCAUCACGUCCCCCUAUCGCUGGUUUGAUUAUGAUAGUUAAUGAGGAAUGACAACAUGG